AUGUCCGCGCCCAACAGUUUCGACCCCUCCAGAGCGUAUGUUCAGCAAGAGGAGGUGUUCUUCAACGACGGGAGAGAAGCACAGCUACUACGCCAUGUCCAGUCGCGAAAAGACAUUGAGUCGCUGAGAGGAUGUCCGCAGAAAAUCCUCGACGCCAUCGAUGAGUUUGCGCGCCAAGAAAAGUUCUUGAUGAAUGUAGGAGCGUACAAGGGCAGCAUAGUGACUCGAUUGAUUCACGAGACACGCCCGAAAGUCAUGGUUGAGCUCGGCAGCUACGUCGGGUACUCGGCGAUCCUCUUCGGUGACGCCGCGCGGGCCGCCGGCGGCCAAGAGUACCACUGUCUAGAGAGUAAUGAUGAAUUUGCCAGCAUCGUCCGUGCUUUCCUUGCGCUUGCAGGGUUGAGCUCCUUCGUCAAGGUGACGGUUGGGCCCAGCAGCGAUUCGAUCCGCGCGCUGCACGAUGCAGGCCAGCUGUCGCAGAUGGACUUUUUGUUCCUCGAUCACUACAAGCCCGCAUACCUGCCUGAUUUGCAGCUGUGCGAGGAGCUGGGCCUCAUCCAAAAAGGCACCGUGAUUGCGGCGGAUAAUGUCAUCAAGCCGGGCAACCCACCGUACUUGGCGUAUGUCCGCAGCGACGUAGAGAGCAAGAGGCGGGCGUAUGCUUUGGCUGGGACGGCGACUGGUAGCGCUUUGCGUGGCAACCCUGACCUUGUCUACCAGAGUGAGCUGAUGGAGAGUUUUGAGCCGACCGGAAUGCGGGACGGUGUCGAAGUUACUAUCUGCGUCGGACUGGAUGAGUCUGUAUCCUAA